UUUCUCUCCCUCCCUCCCUCUUUCUCUCCCUUCCUCCCUAUCUCCACUCCCUCGUUCUCUCCCUCGUUCUCUCCCUCGUUCUCUCCCUCUUUCUCUCCCUCUUUCUCCCCUUCCCUCUCUCCCUCUCCCUCCCUCCCUCCAACCGGUGAAUUGCAGGAAUCUGCAGCUGAUUUUUUUCACCCUUGAGUCACCAGAUCCUUUGGUCACCAGUGCUGGAGAUAAACAUGGCUUCGGCCCAGCCGGACGAUAGUUUGACAGAGUAUUUAAGUUGCCCCCUCUGCCUCAACUUCUUCACCGACCCCGUCUCACUGGAGUGCGGCCACAAUUUCUGCCGCUCCUGCAUCAUGGAUGGCUGGAAGGAGAAAGAGCCCAACUAUUGCCCAGAGUGCAGGGAGGAAUUUCAAGGGAGGAAUCUCAUCGCCAGUCGGGCCUUGGCUAACUUGGCGAACAAAGCACGGAAACUGAACCUGAUGUCCAAAGAAAAAGGGAACAAAAUACUCUGCGAGGAGCACUGGGAGGAACUGAAGCUGUUUUGUGAAACGGACAAGAAGCUGAUCUGUUAUACUUGCAGGGACGCCCGGGAACACAGAGACCAUCGCUUCAUGCAGGUUAAUGAAGCUGUGGAAAUCUAUAAGGGCCAAGCAAAGGGUUUCUUAGACACUCUGGAAGAGAAGAGAUGGGCGAUUUUGGAAAUAGAGCAACAGCAGAAACAGAAGAUCGCUGAGAUUAGGGAUCAGUCGCUCAGCCUGAAGACCCGCAUCACCUCCGAGUUUGCCGAAAUGCACCAGUUUCUCACCGAGAAGGAGGAACAUCUCACCGGAAGCCUACAACUGCACGAGGGAGAGAUCCUGGGAGCAAUGGAGAAAAAUCUUCAGGAAAUCCAGGAGCAUUCAAAAUUAAUUUACGACGAGCUGCAAAAGUUCCAGGAGCAGGUGGAGCAGAAAGACGGGAUCCUCUUCCUGAAGGAGGAAUCCUGGCGGAAUUUACGAUCAAGACAGAGCAUUAAAGAACUGAUCGUCGCCAGUGGAAGUCUGUCAGUUGAAAGAUUCAGAGGACCUUUCCUGAAGACAGUUUGGAGUGAGAUCCUCGACGCUCUUAACCCUGCCACCGUGACCCUGGACCCAGAGACGGCAAAUCCCAGACUGGAAGUGUCCGAGGAUCGGAAGAGCGUGAGGCUGAGUGGGACCUGGAGCAGCGUGGCUGACACUGACAAGAGGUUCACUGAGUGGGCGUGCGUGCUGGGGUCCGAGGGGUUCAACUCGGGGAGGCGCCACUGGGAGGUGGAGGUGGCGGGGAACCAGAUCUGGAGCCUGGGAGUCGCAGCCGAGUCGGUGGAGAGGACAGGGUGGGUGGGGGUGGUCCCGGAGAACGGAUUCUGGACCAUUGGGCGGGUCGGCGGGGGCUUCUACGUCAACACCUCGCCCGGGUUCCCCCUCCCGGCAGACCCCAUCCCCGGGCGAGUGCGGGUCAGCCUCAACUACGAACCGGGGAGCAUUUCCUUUCACAGCGCGGACACCAAGUCCCACCUCCACACCUACGCCGGCAACAAAUUCACGGAGAAACUUUACCCUUUCUUCUGGACCGGCGACGAGAACAAGUGGCUGAGAAUCUGCUCCGAUCCUGAUCCCGAUCCCGAUCCGGUUGUGUAAAAAAAAAAAAAAAUGGGGUCGGGUCCCGGGAGCGGGGCUCAGGGGCAGAAAUGUGGACGACAGACUCGAUUUAAGUCGAAAUUCCGCGUCUUGACAGCCCAUUCAUUGAGCCUGUAAAUAAAAUGAGAAUAAAUAUAAUGAGAGAAAAAUAAAUUUAAAAAAA